AUAAAAAAUUUCUCGAAGAAAGAAAAACCGCCAUUAGAUGGGUUAGAAAAAUUAGUCACUCGCUCGAAAAAUUCGCACUGCAAGUGCGCGGUCUCGCGGGUGCGGAUAAACGGGAGAGAGGGUCGAAAAAAAAGAGAUUGCUUCCUUAUACACGCGAUCGGUCCGAGGAAAAGGGAUAAAUCAAGCGAAAACGGGCAAAUUAAAAGGGACACGCUUAGAGCUUUGCGUAUUUUUAUUUUUAUUUUUAUUUUUUUUUUCAAUCGUUCGAAUUUUUUUAAAAUUUUCCCUCGCGUUUUAUUUGGCGAGAAAUACACAUUUCUCUUGCGAUUCUUUUUAAUUCGCUCAUUUUGCGAAGAGACAGAAACGUCCGAGAUGCCGGAAACGGUGCUACAUUUGUUAAUACAUGCAUUUAUUUUUGUACGUAUUAUAAUUGUAAAAAUUAUUUAAUCAUUACAUAAAAUUUUACGAACUGUGAGUGAUGCACUGUUUGUGGCAUUGUGAGAGCCUCUUGUGUUGCCGUUAAAAUCCCCUGAUUUUUCUCACAAAAAAAGAAACAAAAGAAUCGACUCCACGUCCUCUCUCUCUCUCUUUCUCUCCUUCACUUCCUCAUCUCCCCAGCUUGAUUCUUCCUCCAAUUCCUUUUUCGUUUGUCUCAGAACACCGCUUGUGUGUGCGUGCGACUUUGUUUCAGAGGCUCACAAGUGUAUUUGUUUCGCGUAUCGCAUGUUAUGUGCGUACGUGCACGUACGAGAGAUUCGGGAAAAUCGCGAAAAUCUCUCUGUUGCUUUUGAACGAAAGUAAGUCAUCUUUUUUUUUUCGAAAAACGGGAGACGUGACGAUCUCAAGAGAGAGAGAGAGAAAUCCAGGGAUUGGGAUAUACGCGUUUAUAUAUACAUAGAAAAUCGCAACGACACGCGCGCGCGCGCGCGCGCAACGUUACCGCUUGACACCGCGUGCUCUCUUUCCUAUACGCAAAAGAAAAGAAAAUCCGCACAAAAAAAAAACAAAAAAGCAAGAGAAUCAAGCUGGACUUGAUUUGAAGCUUUCGCAAAAAUUUCACGCGAUCCGAUUGCAUUUAAUAUAUAUGUAUAUAUAUAUAUAUCGCGCGACUCGAAGAAAAUCGAGGAAUUUUCUCCUUGUGUCUCUCCUCGAAUUAAGUCAGUGAUAAAAAGUUUUUUUCGGGAAUCCCCCCUCUUUUCCCCGAUCCCGAGAGAAACCCAUAGUUGUGUCAGAUAUAUAUCUCGUUAAACGUCUCUACACACAAUAUACAUAUGUAAAAAUAAAUAAUAUAAAUAAUAUAUAUAUAUAUAUAUAUUUUGAUCCUGUCGAUUAGUUAUACGAAUAAAGACUGAAAUAAAUACCAUGAAAUAAAUACCGUACCAUUUCAUCUUUUUUUUUUUUUUUUUUAAUAUCGAACGAUACGAAACGACGAACAUGUCCGAUUAUUCGUUUCUCAAUUGUAAUAUCGAUACAACAUUUUUGUUGAUUUUCUUGUCGUCAAUAGUAUCAGAUGUGCGCAUCGAGAGAUCUUACAAUCGGACAUCAAUUUAGAAGGUUAUUCUAUCCGUGUGCACUACAACAUGCAAUUUGAAUUUAUUUUUGUCUGAGAGUUGCUCGAUUUUUGUCAAACUUUUUGAAAAAAAAAAAAAACGGAACGUAAUUUCAAAUCAGAAAUUGUAAAGUAAUUAAUUUUUGUUGUAAAACAAAAAUUCAGAAAAUACUUCACACACAUUAAUCUCGAAGAACGACGUUCUGGAUGGAUUUUUGAAACUUUUCUUCGUUGCGCGUGUUAAAUUCUUUUCACCGCAACGUUUCUAAAAUCCGUUCACGGUGAAGAACAAAAUCGCAAAGAGUACAACAGAAUCAACGCGUUGACGAUUUUUCUACGAAAAUCGGGAGAAGAGCAACGAGAGGAGGAGCAAACGUUGUCGAAACAUGCGAACAAACCGAAGUGCAGAUUAGGCGUUACGAGUUACUUUAAAACAUUACGUCGGAAGGAAAUUAAAAGAACGGCCGAAGAAUCGGGCGAUUCCGCGCGCAAGAAUGAAAAGAAGCGGAAUUCUGAAAACAAUAAGCGUGCAAAUACAAAGACGCAGAUUGCUGAACCCGAUAAACAGAAAUCAUCAAAAUUCGCCCGAGACAAAGAACGCAAUAACGAAGCAAGCAAUCUGGCUUCCGAGGAUUGCAAAUUCUUUGUUGAUUUUGAUAACAAAUUGCAAAUCUACAAUAUUCAAAAUAAAAUCGAAGAUAACCAACAUAAGGGAGACGUACAGAAGCCUAAAGUGAAACGUGAUAUUAUAGCCGAAAAUAUAAUGAAGCAGGGCAAGAGAACGUUCGUGUGCGUUGGGAGAAGAGUUUCAGCGACGAAAAAUUUUGUUUACGAAUUUAAUCCGUGCGCGAACGUCGUCGGACAGUCGCACUCGUUGACGCGGUUUCGCUUGCAGUCCACGAACAAUUCCCGUCAAAAAUGUGUCAAAUCCGCGUUGGUUCGCAACAAUGCGAGAGAACAAGAAUCGUCGUCCGCUUUGACGAAAUUGCAACACGCACGGGUCGAUUUCGCAAGCGCGCCGGAUUUAAGUGGCGCGACAUCGGCUCAGAAAAAUUGCUUGCCGAGUAUCGACAAGGAGGAGAAGGAGGAUCCAACGAGAAUAUCGAACAAAGAAUCGGAUAAACCGGACGAGUCAGCAGUAGCUGACGUGGAUUACGAGGUGAGGAAAGUGAAGACGGCUUGGCAAGCGUUGCGAAACGGUAAGACUUGGAUGAAGAGCAGGGACGCCAUCGGUAGUGCUGGGACGAGAAAAUUAUACGACGCGCUAGAAAAGAUGACGCGCAACAUGGACAAGGUUCAGAGAAAUUACGCGGAUCCCAGAGCGAAUUCUUACUUGCACAAAAGCGCGACGAACAUCUUGAAAAAAACGGCAUCGGAUAAACGGCCGAAUCUGGAGGAAGAAGCGAGAAUCAUAAGAGGUCUGAUCUUUCCCGAAAGAAGAACGGGAAUCAAAUCGGACGUUGAUAAUCGCGGCGGAAAUCAAGACGCGAAUUCGUCGAAAGUGACGUUCGAAGACGGAACGAGGCGCGAUAAUAAGUCGCUUCAAAAUAUGAAACCGUCGACGAGCGAAGUUACCGACAUUAUCGCGAGUCUAAAUAUCGGACCGCUCGGACUCUUCGAAGAUCUCGACGCUCGUUCUACUUCGGUUACCGAUAGUCACACGAGCAGAAAAGAUCGUUCUUCCGCGUCCAACAUCGCGCGGGAAACGUCCGUCGAUGAAGAAGCCGGGAAAAUUCGCGACGCACGAUCGACGAAGUCGGUCGACUUGAAAUCAUCCGUUAUGUCCGCGUCGACUUCGCACGACAACGUGUUCGUCCAGAUGGGAGUAAACGCCUUGAACGGAAGCGUGUCCAGGGAGAGAUUGUCGCAGAUACUACGCUCGAAAUAUUUGAAGAAAGAUUUGUCUUUAUGAUCCGAUGUAAUAUAUAUAUAUACAUAUAUAUUAUAUAUAUGACACAGCGAAAACAUCUUUUUAUUGUGUGCGUGUGUCCCAAAUAUAAAUUUAUACAUCUCGUAAUAUUUUAAAUUCAAUCAAUUACAACGUAGAAAAUGUUGACUUUUCUCCGUUCGUUAAUUUCAAUUUUUCCCGCCACGUUUCCCCCCCUCCGCCCCACGUAAUGCUUUAAAAAAAAUACAUAUAUAUAUAUAUAUAAACGUGAAAGUUUAAAAUUUCUUUUUUAUGUACAGUCUUGUGUUUCAUAGAAUAUACAUCUUUUUUAUACAUCUUAACUGCAAAAUUAAAAUUUUUUAUAUAGUUUUAAAACAUAUCACAAAAUUGGUUUCUCCGCUAGGUGGUUUUUUUUUUUAAAUUGAUGUAACGUGCGAUGUGUGUAUGCGUGUGUGUGUGUGUGAAAAUUAUAUAUUUAA